CCAGUGUUGAAUAAUUUCUCAAUUAAGGAACGUCUCACGGUACGCAGCAAUAGGAUUUUUAUUUUGAGCUGAAAAUUCUCAAUUUCUACACAUCCCAAUAUGUCUCUCUCGCUGCUCCUGCGAGGCGCUGUCCGAUGCAAUGCCGCAAAUCUCGUCAAGUCGGCGCGUAUCGCACCCCUGAAGAGUUACUCCACUUUGGUGGCCAAUGCCCAACGUAGGGCAGUGGUUCAGCCUCUAACUGUGGCUAAGAUUGCAGUGCCCGCUGUUCGCGAGAUCUCCGUAAGUGCACCUCGUAUGGCCGCUGCUGGAUCGAGUCAUACCCUUUUGUGGACUGUGGAGCGUGUUGUGUCCGCCGGUCUUCUGGCAAUCAUCCCAGCUGCCUUUAUCGCCCCAUCCCAGGUAUUGGACGCCCUUCUGGCCAUCUCCGUCGUCAUCCACACCCACUGGGGCGUUGAAGCCAUGGUGGUGGACUACAUGCGGCCCUCUGUCGUGGGCAAUGUUCUGCCCAAGGUGGCCCACAUUGCUCUGAUCAUCAUCUCGGUGGCCACACUGGGCGGUCUCUUCUACUUUAUCCAGAAUGAUGUGGGUCUGGCUAACGGAAUCAAACGUUUCUGGGCCAUCAAGGGCAAGGAUGCUGAGAAAAAGGCUUAAUUGUCCAGUGCAACCAGUUGACGAACCACGAAACACCAGUUAUUUAUUCAUAGUUUCGCGAUAAGCAGUAAAUAAACAAUUGUAUAAAUUAA